CUCUCUAUGUCAGUGGGUUGAGCGCUUGCGUUACUGACUCCAGGUCAGUCAUUCCGCGCAUUCUGAGUGGACAGUUCCGGGAAGAUGCCUGUCAUUGGGUAGCUGGUACUCAGCUUCCGAUUGCUACAAGAUUUUCCCCGGGAUAACACUUGUAUAAAUAUGCAGCGCGGAGUAUGUCUCACAUACACACUUCUACACACAUGGUGUUGCAGGUCUACCCUUAGCCGGCAGUAAUAGAGAGAGAGACAGGAGAAAGGUGAGCAAUCUUUUGCAGCAAUGCUUCCCAGGCUGGCUCUCCUCGCUGUUCUGCUCGGUGCAUGGACAACUGCUGAUGAACUGGCCUCGCUCAUGGAGGAGAAGAACACCUCACUGACAUCUAGGAGGAUGAGACUGACUGCACAAAAUUCAGCUGAGAUAAUCCGGUGCUUGAACAAUGCACUCCAUGUGGGCUGUGGUGCAUUUGCCUGUCUGGAGAAUUCAACCUGUGACACUGAUGGAAUGUACGAUAUAUGUAGGUCCUUCCUGUUCAGCGCUGCCAAGUUUGACACUCAGGGAAAAGCCUUUGUCAAGGACAGUUUGAAGUGCAUUGUUAAUGGCAUCACUUCCAAGGCCUUCUUCACCAUCCGGAGGUGCUCGGCCUUUCAGAAGAUGAUUGCAGAUAUUCAGGAGGAGUGUUAUAAGAAGCUGGACAUCUGUACAAUGGCAAAACACAACACAGCAGCAAUCGCAGAAGUCAUCCAUCUCCCGGACUAUUUCAAGAACAGAUAUUACAAUAAGCUACUGAGGACACUGCUGGACUGCGAUGAGAGGACAGUGAGCAGAAUUAGGGAGAAAGUGAUGGCGAGCCUGGACUCACACUUGUCUGGUUUCAUCCACCUGCUGCAGAGUGACCACUGCUUGUCCUCACCGCCGCACAGCGCCACCCGCAAUAAACGCUCUGCCACUGAAUCCCAGAAACUGCAGCUCUUCAUCCGAAACUCCAAGGCAACGAGCCGCCUGGCCUCUGAGUUCACAUCGAGUGAGAACGAAUGAUAUCGGAGCUGGGGUGGGGGGUGGAGAGCUAAAGAAGGGGAGAGAGAGAGAGAGAAUGAGAGAGAGGAGGCCUCGACCCCGUCCACAGCACCAAGGUGUCUUCAGUGAAUCUGGUCCAGCACAUUUCUUGGCAGUUGACACGGAGCAAGUGCCCACAUCCAGCUCAGCCCAGCAAAAACCAAAUGGUGACAAGUGUGUGAACUCUUUAAAGUGGCAAUGCCAGUGCAUCUACCUUUCCUUCAUCUUGCGAAAACACAAUCCAAACUCAAGUCAGGUCAUAUCUUAUCCAGGUCAAGCACUAGCCUUAACAUGUCUGAAUGCCCCUAGGAACUCCCUCUGUCAUUUCUCUGGUAGGUUUUUGUUUGUUCACAAUGUGCUAGGCCAGCAUUUAUUAUCCAUCCCUGAUUGCCCAGAGGGCAGCUGAGAGUCACCACACUGCGGUGGCUCUGAAGUCACAUGUAGGCUAGACUCAGUAAGGACAGGCAGCUUUCCUUCCCUGAAGCAGACCGGUGACCUUCACCUUGUGAUGUGUUGCUGUUCUGCCUAUAUCAGAAUGUGCGCGCGAGAGAGAGAGAGAGAGAGAGAGAAUACUUAUCCCAUCUCCAGGCCCCUGGCAUCCUGUGCUUUCCCCUGUCCGUGGCCAGCCCUGCGCUCCAAGCCGACCAGAUUUCUCACCUUUUGGUGAGAGGUCACAAAGCUGGAAUGUUCAUUCCGUGUUCCCAUCUCUACACAGAACCUAACAACAAGAAACAUCCAGCCCCUUUCUGCUGACUAUCUCAAUCUAAUUCACCAAAUCAGGACAGACCAAGGCCCCUUCCGCCCAUCAAGCCUGUUCUGGCUGUAUGAAAGAUGUCUCCAGUGGGUCCCCAUUACAACCAGGCAUUAGUAUGACCCUGAUUAUGACACUGUUGUUAGUUGCAGUUCCUCAGUUACAACUCAGUAGGGAGAAUUCCCACCUCUUCAGACCAACCAAGACCAGCUUUCAGGCGCAAUACAGAGGGAGCUCUGCACUGCUCAGGGGAGCUAGCUUUCAAAGCAUGCCCCAUCUGCCUGCUCCACAGAAUGUGAACGAUCGCACAACAGUAUCCCAAAGGAAAACAGAAGAUCUUAAACACGGUGUCCUAACCAAUAGCUAGGCCUCAGUUGACAUCCCAAGGUCAUUGUCACAUUCACACUUGGAAGAGGUUUUGGCAGAGGGGGAUAUGGCUCUGGUCUCUGUGUCUCCCAGUUCAGAAAUGUUCACUCUCUGGGUAACAUAGAGAUUUCUUUUCUGACCCACCUAUUUAGAGAUGUUAUGGUACACUUCUGGAGGGGACUGGGGACUUAAGAACAUAGAACAUAGAACAUUACAGCGCAGUACAGGCCCUUCGGCCCUUGAUGUUGGGCCACCCUGUGAUC